UAAAUCUCAAAAACUUUGAAUUCAAAAAACAAUUCCGCUUAAAUUUCACGCCUCAUAAAUACAUUCAUCCAACCUUCAUAGCUCCAUUUUAUCUUCAUCUUCUUCUCGCACAGCCAUUCUUCAUCUUCCGAUCUUUCAAUCUUCUCAGAGAAAAUGGCUGGAAAGGGUGGUAAGGGUCUGUUGGCUGGAAAAACACCUGCGGCUGCAGCUAACAAGGAAAAGGAUAAGAAGAGACCGAUGUCUCGGUCUGCUAGAGCUGGUCUACAGUUCCCAGUAGGUAGGAUUCAUCGACAUCUGAAAUCAAGAACAUCAGCUCAUGGGCGAGUGGGGGCCACAGCUGCGGUUUACUCUGCCGCAAUUCUCGAGUACUUAACCGCUGAGGUCCUUGAAUUGGCUGGAAACGCCAGCAAAGAUUUGAAAGUGAAAAGGAUCACACCGAGGCAUUUGCAGCUUGCUAUUCGUGGUGACGAGGAACUCGACACACUCAUCAAAGGUACCAUUGCUGGAGGUGGUGUCAUUCCUCACAUUCACAAGUCACUUAUCAACAAAACCACAAAAGAGUAACUUGUUUUAGCUGUUUAAACAUCGUGUUUGACUUUUACUUAUGUUGACUUUAAUGGGAUUGUAGCAAAGAUUCUUGUCGUAUUGUAGUUUGCAUCUUUUAUAGAUUGUAGGAUUGAUGUAUAUGACAUUAUCCUAGAUUGUGAUUUGACUCUUUUAAGGCGCUUCUGUUUGCAUCUUUA